AUGCCAGACACUGGCCUGCAGGGCCGACUCGGAAAAGAGGGGAAUUUCGGUGGAGCGGAGCCGGCGGGGUGGAGGGGGUGGCGGGGGCGCAGGGAAGGGCUGCGGCACCGCGUGCUCCCGCCGGCGUAUCCCUACGCGGCUCCGCGCGGCCUCGGGGUCCGAGGCCCGCGGAGAGGGGGAGGCGAGCGCCCGAGGGGGCGGCAGCCGGCGGGCGGGGCGGGGGUGGGUGGGCCCGGCCCCUCCGAUUGGUCGACGGCGAGAGAGACGCUCCCGCACGCCGCCAGCUCUGAUUGGCCCAGCGCUUCUGCCAGACAGAUGGAACUCUCCAGCAUGAAAAUCUGCGCAGCCAUUCCAACAAGCAGGGCUCUGCCUGAGGUUGUCCGAAGGAUGCCGAGGAAAAGGAUAUCAGGACUGGAAUGGCUCUUACAGCAAGAUCCAGGUUUUUCAUUAGUCAAUACAGUGAAGGCUGGCAUGAUCAUCAGCUUCCCAUCCAAUAAUAUCUACUCAUCAGUGUGCUGUUGUCAAUCAGAGAUUUUCAAGUAUGAGUUCUCCAACUCAAAGAAAAGUAGCUGGAUCCAGGAAGAAAGGCAUUUGGGGAGGAACAACGUUCUUUACAGUGCUCAUGAUGUGUCUCCAGAGAAAGUUACUUCAGCACUAAAAAAACAAACAAACAAACAACAACAAUAAACAACUUUCCUCUACAGUAUCUUCCAGGGUCUAAACUAUUAGACAGGUUCCUAAGUUUAUCCAGAUCUCUCCUAUGUCUGAAUUCUUGGUCAUCUUCCUUGCCUCUGGCUCUACAGGUAAAGAAGAAAUAAUAAUAAAGGAACAAAAAUUA